AUGACAAGGAAUGCCAGAAAUAUUAAAUAUUUUGAUAAUAAUUGUUUACAAAAAGUGACUGAUACAACUACUGAUGAGUAUGGUUUAAAUAUAUCUACAUCAUCAUCAAUAAGUUCAUCACCAUUAACACAUUCACCAUCAUCAACAUCUUCAGUACCAUUAACGUCUUCGUCAUCAUCAAGUUUCUCAUCACCAUCAAAUUUUCCAUCACCAUCAAGUUUUCCACAAUCAAGAUCAAGAAGAUCAUCAACGGAUAAUUCAUCAGGUAGACGACGAAAACUUUUUUUUAUAUUGGUUGGAUUUGUUCUUAUUUUUCACAAAGUUGCAGAUUUUAAUCAACAAUCAUCUUGGUAA